GCGGCCCUGGAGGCUGCCCGCCCGGACUCUCCUACUCGGCGCCGCCGGCCGGCGCAGAGACCCACCCAAGGCGGCGGCAGGAGGCGGCGCUGGUGGCUGCGGAGCGCUGGGCGCGGACGGCGCCGCCUUCCCCGCCCCGUUGGGCAGCAGCGGACCGGCGACGCUCCCGGGGCUUAGCGGCAGUGCGAGUCCCGCCGCCACCGAGGCUCCGCGUGGCUCCUGGGGCGCAGGAAGGCGGGUGCGAUCGGGGCGGGGCGGGGGGACCCUUGGCUUCCUCAGCCUCUGACGCCGAUUCCUCCGCAGGGAAGCGCCGGCCGCCGCUCGGAAUCCGGAGGAAGGAGCCCGGCUUCCCCCGCCGGCCUUCGCCACGUCGCCCGCUUCCCCGAGAGAACUUUCUGCAUGACGGUCUCCAAGAUGUCAUGGCGGCCACAAUAUCGCAGUUCCAAGUUUCGAAAUGUCUAUGGCAAAGUAGCCAAUCGAGAGCACUGCUUUGAUGGGAUUCCAAUCACCAGGAAUGUCCAUGACAACCAUUUCUGUGCCGUUAAUACCAGAUUCCUUGCCAUAGUAACAGAAAGUGCUGGUGGGGGCUCUUUCCUUGUCAUUCCACUGGAACAAACUGGCCGAAUUGAACCAAACUACCCCAAAGUCUGCGGCCACCAAGGCAACGUGCUUGAUAUUAAGUGGAACCCCUUCAUUGAAAACAUCAUUGCUUCUUGCUCAGAAGAUACUUCAGUUCGGAUAUGGGAAAUCCCGGACGGAGGCUUGAAGCGCAAUAUGACAGAGGCUGUCCUGGAGCUGUAUGGCCACAGCCGGCGUGUCGGCCUCAUCGAGUGGCACCCAACCACCACCAAUAUCCUGUUCAGUGCUGGAUAUGACUAUAAGGUCCUCAUCUGGAACUUAAAUAUUGCUGAACCAGUGAAGAUGAUUGACUGCCACUCUGACGUCAUCCUUUGUAUGUCCUUCAACACAAAUGGCAGUUUACUCGGCACCACUUGCAAAGACAGGAAGCUGCGGGUCAUCGAGCCUCGUUCAGGCAAAGUCCUCCAGGAGGCAAACUGCAAGAAUCACCGUGUGAACCGUGUGGUCUUCUUGGGGAACAUCAAGAGGCUUCUGACAACUGGUGUGUCACGCUGGAACACCAGGCAGAUUGCUCUCUGGGAUCAGGAGGAUCUAUCCAUGCCACUGAUAGAGGAAGAGAUUGAUGGAUUAUCGGGCCUUCUCUUCCCCUUCUAUGAUGCUGAUACCCACAUGUUGUACCUGGCUGGCAAGGGAGACGGGAAUAUCCGAUACUAUGAAAUCAGCACUGAGAAGCCAUACCUGACCUACCUGAUGGAGUUCCGUUCUCCAGCCCCACAGAAAGGCCUUGGAGUAAUGCCGAAGCAUGGCCUGGAUGUCUCUGCAUGUGAGGUCUUUCGGUUUUACAAGCUCGUCACACUGAAGGGAUUAAUUGAGCCAAUUUCUAUGAUUGUACCGAGGAGAUCUGAAACCUACCAGGAAGAUAUCUACCCAAUGACUCCGGGUCCAGAACCUGCCCUCACCCCAGACGAAUGGCUGAGUGGAAUGAAUAGGGAUCCCAUAUUGAUGUCUUUAAAGGAAGGCUAUAAGAAAGAAUCCAAAGUAGUUUUUAAACCACCAAUAAAAGAGAAGAAAAGUGUUGUUGUCAAUGGGAUAGAUCUCUUGGAAAAUGUGCCACCCAGAACAGAGAAUGAGCUCCUCCGAAUGUUCUUCCGGCAACAAGACGAGAUCCGUCGACUGAAGGUUGAGCUUUCGCAGAAAGACAUCAAAAUCCGACAGCUACAGUUGGAGUUGAAAAACUUGCGCAAUAGCCCCCAAAACAAUGGGCUCUGAAGGGAUUUUUUUUUCUAAAGAAACUCUUUGUUUAUACCCACUCUUUAAUUUUACUGUCUCGUCUUAACACGUGAUAUGAGCCAGAGACCCUGUGGCAGCACACGGGUACACCUGCUAACUGGAAGCCUCUCCUCCUUCUGUGGUCAUUGCCUAGCACUAAAAAGUUAUUUGUACGGUUUAACUUGAGAACUUCUGCAUGAAAAGAACAAGGGACGUAUGUUAUCCAAAUUUCUCUUGAAGUAAGUAGAAGCCUACUGCUCUUUGUCAUUCGUGCAAAAUUGCAGAAUCAGUUUUCAUCCCUGAUUAUUCCAGGGCUGAAAAAGGAGAACACUGUAAGCCCAAACAAAAGCAACUGAAUUCAUUAUUACUUACCUUUCCUCUCCCGAGGCUGUCGAUAAACAGCAAGCGUGCAAUUGGAACGCAAACUCACGACACUGGAAAGAAAUCUGGAAGGAAAACGUUUCCCUUCUCUUGGGAACCAUCCUUGCGACCUGAGCGUUCCUUGAACCCAGCAGCUAGUGUGGGCUUUGGCAUUAUUGAACCCUCUCCAGGGCUCACCCUGCCUGUCUGGCGCCUGCUUUGCUUGGGCAUCACUCUUGGGGUGGUAGCUACAAUUUAUUCUGUUGAAAUAUACCCAGUGGGCACUGGGUGAUGAAUACACACAGGUUGCAUCUCUAAUUGGUCUCUUCAAGAGUGAUUGUGAAUGUACCCAUGUACACAUACACACAUGCACUCAUUCACACACUCUCACAGCUACAAGAGUCCUGAAGAUAAACUUGGCCAAAGGAAACAGGUAGAUGAAGCCUUUGAGGGAAAACAAUUCAAAAUAGAAAGGCAACACAUACUUGAUCAAGAGAGUCCAAAUGAAAGAUCCAAAUGGGGGUUUCCAGUGAGGAGCAGAUAACCCAGCGAAAAUUAAGCACUUUUAAUGUACUACCCAUAAGCAGCGUAUGAGUUAAGGGUGUGUUUUAUUCUUUUUGGUACAAGUAGUGGACGGUAGAGCUGCAUAUAUAUUUGUAGCUGCAUAGAUGUAUUUGCUAGCAAGGCAGAAUCCUGAAGAGUGCCAGGCCCACCCAAUGUUCAACUGGAUUCCCAUCCUGACAGUUUUCAAACAGAUUCAUAGCUCAGGUUCUUCAGCAGCUAAUGGAGCAGUUGGCAAACAGUCAGUUUGUGGCAGGGAAAGGGACUGGUCAUCCUUAUGGAAGCACAGCCAGGCAGAUGGAUUACCAUUGCCCCCCCCACCCCCACUCCAAGGGCAGAUAUGCUCAUUGAGUGAAUGAUCUAAUUAUGAGGUGUGAGGCCCUGAUAGCUUUCAUGGCACUUACAAAACUGCCAGCCCAUCCUAAUUAUUAACCCAAGAGAACCCAAUCCCCACCUUUUUUAGGACAGAGAGUUGGCAAGCUACCUGCACAACCAAGUGCCAGCCUUUAGUAUCGGACAGGGGCACUCAUGGAGGUUGGUGUGUGUGGAUUUCAAAAUCAAUAUAGUGGCCGGGAUGCAUUAGGAGAGCUUUGCAUUGACUGCACUGUCACUGCCAUCUUGGCUUCACUGCCCAGAAAGCUGCUGGAGCUGAACAUUUUGCGUGCUACCAAAGGCAGUCUCUGAACAAAAAAAAAGGGUGGGUGGGCAGGAAAUGUUCAACCCAAGG